AUGGCUUCUCAUGGUGAACAUGACCACCACCAUCACCACGAUCACGCUCAUGAACAUGAUCACGACCAUCAUCAUCAUGGUGGAGAGGGAGAGAGCAAGUCAUGGGUAGGUAAGGAUGGGAAGGUGUACCACAGCCACGAUGGUCUGGCGCCGCAUUCUCACGAACCCAUCUACUCUCCCGGCUUCUUCAGCAGAAGAGCCCCUCCUCUUAACAGGAAUUUCAAUGAAAGAGCCUUCACUGUCGGAAUCGGUGGACCUGUUGGCACCGGGAAAACAGCUCUCAUGUUGGCCCUCUGUGAAUUUCUGCGGGAUAACUACAGCCUCGCAGCUGUCACCAAUGAUAUAUUCACUAAGGAGGAUGGUGAGUUCUUGGUGAAGCACAAAGCACUUCCAGAAGAAAGGAUACGUGCUGUGGAAACUGGGGGUUGCCCACAUGCUGCUAUUCGGGAGGACAUAAGUAUUAAUCUUGGACCACUGGAGGAGCUCUCUAACCUCUUUAAAGCAGAUAUACUUCUUUGUGAAUCCGGGGGAGAUAACCUGGCUGCCAAUUUCAGCAGGGAAUUGGCUGACUACAUCAUUUACAUAAUAGAUGUGUCUGGUGGUGAUAAAAUUCCUCGUAAAGGUGGUCCUGGAAUCACGCAAGCUGAUCUCCUUGUGAUAAACAAGACUGACCUUGCUCCAGCAAUUGGGGCUGAUUUAACAGUCAUGCAGCGGGAUGCUCUGCGGAUGAGAGAUGGAGGACCAUUUGUCUUUGCACAGGUGAAGCAUAAUGUUGGAGUAGAAGAAAUUGUGCAUCAUGUCUUACAGGCGUGGGAAGCAGCGACAGGGAAUAAACGUCAUUAA